AUGCAUUCAAUAACAUCAAAAACAGUUGCACCAUCGAUGAUAAAUUUAACAUAUCAAGAUUGUUACUUGCUGUUCGAUGUUAAACUAGAUCAAAAACGCACAAUUUGGUUAUUGAAACAACGUUUUACAAGCAACUGCAAUUCAAUGAGUUUUGAUUUUAAAGCUAACUUUCCUGAUUGUCCAAAUAUUUUACAAAAUGUUUCACGUGGAAUGUUAAAAACGUUUCCAUUUAUGGCAGAAGAAGUUUUUGAAGACAGCAGUAUUGAUGACGACGACGAACAAAUUAUUUUUAACCAUUCAGAUGUCGACAAUCCGAAUGGUAUCAAAUUUACUGACGACGAUGUGAAUGAUGAGUAUUUACAUAAUUUAGUUCAUGGAACCUCGGUUUGUUCUAAUGGUAAAUGGAAUGAAUAUUAG